CAGGAGCGCCUGUUGUACCACACACACACACUGUUUUCCUGAUGAUUAGGCUUGCUUCAGUGUCGGUUUCUAGACAUUUACCCUCAUGGGCGUCAGGGUGUGCUGGUGGUAAUGUUAGACAACAACUUUCCAGCCCCCGCAGAGGUCAGUGUGUCGUCAUGGCUGAGCGCACUGCCCACAUGUGUGCCGUGUGGACAGCUGAGCCGCGGCGUCCUCUGUCAGCGUGCUCUGACACACUUUAGAGGACAGGCUCUCCUCCUUUCAACCACUUUAUUGUUUAUUUUUUGCCGAUCAGGCUUUAAUUUAUAAAGGAUUUCCAAAGGCGACAGGAAGACACCUUCUCUCCAGAUGGAGCUUCCAGCCAAUCCGGGAGACAGCCCGGUGGAGUUGGAGUUAACGGUGGAGAAUGUGGAGUCGGCUCUCUACCAGCUGUACUUCGACCCGGACAUGGAGCGUAAGAAUGAGGCCCAGAAGUGGCUGACCCAGGCUCAGGCCUCGGCACAGGCCUGGCAGUUCUGCUGGGCCCUGCUGGCCCCUGACAAGCUUCCAGAGGUUCAGUUUUUUGGCGCUAGCACCCUCCACACCAAGAUCUCCCAUCACUGGAGCGACCUCCCCUCAGACCAGCACGACAGCCUGAGGAUGCAGCUCCUCUCCAACAUCCUGCUCUUCUCGUCCGGACCCAAAAUGGUGCUAACCAGGCUGUGUGUGGCCCUGGCCUCCAUGGCUCUUAACUUAAUCCCACAGGCUUGGUCCCAGCCAGUGGCAGACAUGGUGAGGGCCUUUCAGCCACAGAAGCCUGAUUCUGAGGGCAGCUCAGGCUCAGAGGCCACCCAGGACCCUCAGGCACACUGCCUCGCUCUGCUGGAGCUGCUCACCGUUCUUCCAGAGGAGUUCCAGAGCCGCCGGCUGGCUCAGGCACGUCGUGCCCAGCUGAGAGAGGCCCUGGCUGGGGAGUGGGCAGUGGUGUGUCCCUUGCUGCGUCAGCUUCUCCAGAGUCAAGACUCCUCGAACCAGGUGAAGGAAAAGGUGCUGCGCUGCCUGUCCAGCUGGACGGGGCUGGACGUGACGUUAGGGGACAGUCAUGAGCUGGUCCAGGACUGUUUCACUGCGCUGUCCAACCCCGAGCUGUUCGACAGCGCUGUGGAGACCAUCGUCACUGCCAUCUCACAGCCCGACAGCCAGAGGUGAGAA